AUGGACCUCUUCACCGACGACGUCAACGCUAAGCUCGACCCGAACUACCAGAAGGCCCUGGACGACGGUAUCCCGGACCUGGGGCCCUUCGCGCCGCUCGACUCCAGCUACGACGCCGCAGCCAGGGUGCUCCACACGCCGCAUGCCUCCACCGGCGGCAGCAGCCGGCCGUACUACGGCCACAGCAGCCAAGCGCCCUUCCGGCCGCAGCUUCCCCCGUGGACCGCGCCCUGCGCCGACUCUUCGCAAAUUUCCUACCAGGAAAUGCCAAGCCACGUGAAUUCGACAGCCUCGUUUAAAUCAAUACCUGAGGAAGUAAGUCCAGCUCAUCCCGAAUUCCAAAGUAGUCCGAGCAGGCAGGUUCCCACCAGUCAGCGGCCGCAGAACGCAGAUCAGCUAUCGGCCGUUGAGAGCCUCGAGAACGACUUCCACAACCUGUACCUGAAUCCCUGCAGCUCCUACGACAGAGACAGUUACUCCCUUUCGGAGCCAAGGCCAAGUACCAGCGCGUGUGCGCCGACUGAGCAAUGGGGCGGCGAGACGGAUUAUUCCGCAAGUAAUCCGACUGAGUUGGAUUCGGCGAAUGAGGACACAGAAGAGAAAAGAAAAGCCAAGGGGAAGGGUUCAAGACGGCGCCCUAGGACGUCCCGGAAGGAGACGGGCACGGUGUGGGAGUUCUGCCGGCAGCUGCUGCACAGCCCGAACACGUGCCCGAGCCUGAUCCGGUGGGAGGACCCGGCGGCCGGCCGCUUCCGGCUGGUGGACAAGGACGAGGUGGCCAGGCUGUGGGGCGAGGUCAAAGGCAAUCAGGCCAUGAACUACAGUAAGCUGAGCCGCGCCAUGAGGUAUCAGUACAAGAUAAAAACCCUCAAGUGCGAGAAGAAAAAGCUGGAGUACAGUUUCGGGGAGAACGCGGACGGGUGGCGGGCGGAGAGACCGAACUUUUCGCUGCUGGAGCGGCGCGCGUCGCGGGAGCAGCUGGACGAAAAUACUGAAAUAUAA